CUCACUAGCGCUGCCCUGGGAAUGCAGCCUCCGAGCUCCCUGCUCGCGGAGCCCAGCGCCGACACUCACAGGAGCUGCGUCCCCGGAUCCGCGUAGAGGCUCUGCACCGAUCCCGAUCCAUUUCAGCAGCGUUUUAAAAGCAUUAGGAAACUCGUUCAGGGCCACUGAAAAGUCAGGGGAGGCUCAGAUGUUAAUUCCCACGGAUUCCUGUCUUUCCGGAAACGUGGACACCAAAUAAGUAUGAGACUAUCAUUUUGGAGAAAUAAUUAACCCCUACUCCCCCCCCCCACAAAAAAAAAAAACAGAGCACCGGAGGGGAGGAAGCUAGGCUGGAAGACAAGGAAGCUGCUGCUUGGAUUCGCUGGUGGACGAAAGUGCGACCCGGAGCUGGGCUUGGGGCCUCCGGUCCCCUCACUUCAGCACCAGAGGGGAUGGACAGCGUCUCCGGACUGGGCUGCAGCCUCAGGGACGGAACUACGCUGCCGCCGCCGCCGCUGUCCUUGCCGCCACUGUCGUCGCCACGGGCAGCUGGGCUCCUUGCUCCUCGCAGCUAAAAGGCGGUGGCUCCUAUUACCCACUCGCUUCCCGGGCCCCUUCGUUGAUGGAUGAAAAGUACCCUUCCCUCUACACCUGCUGUACCUAAGGACAGGACUCUGAGGAGUACCCUUGCUCCAUUACACUCUCGGCAGCAACUUCAAGAAUUGUUUUUCUAUAGGGGCCUGGGAGGAAUUCUGGAAGAAGAGCAAAGUCGAAGUUCUUAGAAGCUCGGAGAAAUCAUGGGCGGCGCAGUAGGGGUCCAAAUGCUCAAAGGCCUAGACUUCUUGAAAUAAACAGAAUGGUCCUAAGUGGAUUGCAACUGUUUUGGAAAUAGCUUUGUGAAAAGAGACUAGAGAUCUACUCAGAAUUCUACGUUAGAGAAGCUGAAAAGACAUCUAAUUUCACUGCUCGGCAGCAUUGGGUGGUCCUGAAUCCCUUCCUAAUUGAGUUCCUGUGACAACUGGUUUGCCGACUGCUCUCCAGAAUGUCGAGAUUGCCCGAGAAGUGACCCCAGCCAAAGAAAAACAUUGCUCUACCUAAAUUCAAAGGACAUCCUUUGCGGUGCCAUAGCACAUGGAUUUCAGAACCGCCUGUGAGGAGACAAAGACAGGGAUUUGUUUGCUGCAGGAUGGUAACCAGGAGCCUUUCAAAGUCCGGCUGCACUUAGCCAAAGACAUUUUGAUGAUCCAGGAACAGGAUGUGAUAUGUGUGUCUGGUGAGCCUUUCUAUUCUGGUGAAAGAACGGUGACCAUCAGAAGACAAACAGUAGGAGGAUUUGGAUUAAGCAUAAAGGGAGGAGCAGAACAUAAUAUUCCAGUUGUUGUUUCAAAAAUCUCCAAGGAGCAAAGAGCGGAGCUUUCGGGCCUACUUUUUAUUGGAGAUGCAAUUCUACAGAUAAAUGGCAUUAAUGUGAGAAAAUGCAGACAUGAAGAAGUGGUUCAGGUUCUUCGGAAUGCUGGAGAAGAAGUGAAUCUGACGGUGUCAUUUUUAAAAAGGGCACCUGCCUUUCUCAAACUUCCAUUGAAUGAAGAUUGCGCAUGUGCGCCAAGUGACCAGAGCAGUGGCACCUCCUCUCCUCUCUGUGACAGCGGCUUACAUCUCAACUAUCAUCCCAACAAUACAGACACACUGUCGUGCUCCUCGUGGCCGACGUCUCCAGGCCUGAGGUGGGAGAAGCGAUGGUGCGACCUGAGACUGAUCCCUCUGCUUCAUUCCCGCUUCUCUCAGUACCUGCCCGGCACGGAUCUGAGUCGGCAGAAUGCCUUUCAAGUCAUUGCUGUGGACGGGGUGUGCAGUGGGAUUAUUCAGUGCCUCUCUGCCGAAGACUGCAUUGACUGGCUGCAAGCAAUAGCGACUAACAUUUCAAAUCUCACAAAGCACAAUAUUAAAAAAAUCAACAGAAACUUUCCUGUAAAUCAACAGAUUGUCUACAUGGGCUGGUGUGAGGCCCGGGAGCAAGACCCCCUUCAGGACAGAGUGUAUUCCCCGACCUUCCUGGCCCUACGGGGCUCGUGUCUGUACAAGUUUCUGGCACCUCCAGUAACCACCUGGGACUGGACAAGAGCAGAGAAAACAUUCUCAGUUUAUGAGAUUAUGUGCAAGAUCCUCAAGGACAGUGACCUGCUGGACCGGAGGAAACACUGCUUCACCGUGCAGUCGGAGUCUGGGGAGGACCUGUACUUCUCAGUGGAGCUGGAAAGUGACCUCGCCCAGUGGGAAAGAGCCUUCCAGACAGCAACCUUUCUAGAAGUAGAACGGAUACAGUGCAAGACCUAUGCAUGUGUGCUAGAAAGUCACCUCAUGGGACUCACGAUUGACUUCAGCACAGGAUUUAUCUGCUUUGAUGCCGCGACAAAGGCUGUCCUUUGGAGGUAUAAAUUUUCUCAGCUUAAAGGUUCUUCAGAUGACGGCAAGAGCAAAAUCAAAUUUUUGUUUCAGAAUCCAGAUACUAAACAGAUUGAAGCAAAGGAGUUGGAAUUUUCAAAUUUAUUUGCUGUUCUUCACUGCAUUCAUUCCUUCUUUGCUGCCAAGGUAGCUUGUUUGGACCCUCUAUUUUUAGGCAAUCAGGCUUCUGCUUCUGCUGCCACCAGCUCUGCUACCACGAGCAAAGCAAAGUACACAACUUGACGUACUCAGCCCUGCAUUGAUACUCACCAUAACUCUACAAACAGAACACAUUUAUUCAUCACUUUAGACCCUGGAAAAUCCAUAAUAUGUCAACAGUGGAGGAAAUAUUGAAAUUUCAGCAGAAACAAAGAAGGUCAUGUGGAAUCUCAAAAACACUUCUUUUCUGGAUGGCAUCUGUAAAAUAUACUACAUGAACAAAACAGCUUGUUCUCACUCAGUUCCUUUGUACCAGUAAGUAUAUUGCUUUCACCAAAAGUGUAGACAAAAGAAUGAAUUAUUUGAAGAAGUAUGUAAAUAAUAUAAAAAUAGUAAGCUACCUAUAAAUAAAAAUACUUAUUAAAUGGUUACUUCUGUAUUUUAGAUUAUUUUGUAUAAUGAGUACAUGUUGGGCAGUCAUAAACUAAUGCCCUAUCAUUGUAUUAUGAGGGACAUCAAAGAGUUAAAAAUUAUAAAUCAACAAGGAGCAUGCAAAAAAACUCAUCAAAGAAGGAUGCACUUUCAUUUGCUGAUGGAAAUUUGCCCUUAUGCUCUCAUGCCGUGAUUGACACUGGCACUCCGAUUGUUUUUAUCUUAUUGUAAAUAUUCCAAAGAACUUCAAAAAGGUAAUCACAUUGACCUAUGAUAGAUAACAAUGUGAGAUGGACUAUUCUCCCUUGCACCACUGUUACUGAAAUGGUUAAUUAGCUGCCAAUGUCAAUCUACUAUGCCAAAAAUGUAUUAAUCUAAUCCUGUAUUAAUCUAAUUCUAAAUGAAAAAUCUAAUCUAAUUUUUCAGCAGAAAGAUUUCAUGAACCUCUCAUUUCUUCCUUCAUUUUAAAGAGACUUAUUUUUUACCUAAUAGGAUUUAUUAUCAAAGUUUCAUAACUUUUCAGUGACCCCCCCGCAACCUUUUGUAGAGAAAAUAAUAUAAAAAAUACUGUGUGAGAAACAAUUGUUUGUAAUCUGAAAUCUGCUAGUAAAUCAUGAACUGAAAUGUCCCGAGAAAGCAGUCCCAAAGCUAUUAUAUAUGUUAGAUAAAUGACAUUUUUCCAUUUUAGUACUAUUUUAUGUGGAACAAAGGUGAUAUUUAAAGAUAAACAUGAAAAAUCUUCAUCCUCCCUUGUCAUGGAAGUGAUUAAGCAAUGCCAAACUAUGCAGGUUAUUUUAGAUGUUUUGUCCUAAGAAUGUAAGUGUGAAAAGGCUGGGAAAUCUGAAGGCCUUAGAGUUGUGCACUGUACUCAGAUUCCAGGUAUUAUACAGCUGCUUGUGUAACACAAAACACAUUCUCUGUCCUUUUUUGAGAUCUUCUUUUAAAAAGUCGGCUGUGUAUGUAAAAAACAAACAACGAACAUUUUUAUUGAUACACAUGCUCCCAGGUAAACCAGACAUUACAUGUGUCCUUGUGGAGAUCAUCAAGUAACUAAUAAAGUGAUUCAAUAUAUUUUUUUAAAUGUUAAAAAAAAUCACUCCAGGCAAAACACCUUGGCUCACUCCUGUAAUCCCAGCACUUUGGGAGUUCGAGGCAGGCAUAUCACAAGGUCAGGAAUUCCAGACCAGCAUGGCCAAUAUGGCGAAACCCCAUCUCUACUAAAAAGACAAAAAUUAGCCAGGCGUAGUGGCGUGUGACUGUAGUCCCAGCUACUCAGGAAGCUGAGGCAGGAUAAUCACUUGAACCCAGGAGAUGGAGGUUGCAGUGAGCAGAGAACAUGUCACUGCACUCCAGCCUGGGUGACAGAGUGAGACUCCGUUUCAAAAAAUAAAAAAAUACUCAAGAAGGAAACAUUUUUUUCUAUAAUGGACAGAUCCAUUAAGUUAAAAAAUUUAAUAUCAAGUUUUUUUCAUACUCAUUAUGAUUUAUUAAUUCAUUUUGCAUCAAAUUAGUUUGUAAAUACCUCAAAUUGAAAAGAAAAUGUAGAAGUUUAUAAUUGUUCCUUGGAAAAUGUUAAGCUGAAUUUAACAUACCUUAUCCAAAGAACAGUGGCAAAUUACAAUAAACAGUUUCAAUGUAAUGUAUUUUGACCAUAAAACGAAUUACACAUUUGUAAUCAGGAUGGAACUUUGGAAUUAUUGCAUACUAUACUGAUCAAACAGAAAAUCAUUGUAAAAUUGAAGCCCAUCAAAAGCAGGCUUCAGCAGUAGGCUACUUUUGAACUUAUGGAGAAAAAGCAGUGGGAUACAUCCGACUUAGAAUUUUCAGCUGUGGUAUGUGGUUCACUAUAGAAUUUCAAUUCCAACGUUGAAUCUCAAUGUGCCCCAUAUUGGGGUUACAUGAAUGUGUCCACAAUGUGAUAAUAUGAUCUGAAGACAAUAUGAUGUGGUCUAAUCAUCCAUAAGCAAAAGAAAAAAGUUUCAAGAGUUUACCUACCUGUAAUAGAAUGAUUUUUAAAAAUGUGAAAUUUUAUAAUUGUUCCACUUUAAAACUUUAAAAACCUAUUAACUAUCUUUUUGUGACAUCAUGAAAAUGUAGCCUGUGCUCAUGUGUAUGAAGGAAGAGGUGCACAAUGAGAUAUGUAUAAAUACAUAUCUCCUCGGUGAAUACACACACACCCACAUAUGUAUAUGCAUAUAUAUGUGUGUGUACAUAUAUAUAAAUAUAAUGAAAUGCUGACCAUGAAAUAUAUUAAAAGAACAUGUUUUGUGUACAUACAUUUAAUAUACUUUAAAUUACAUUGUAAAAUGUAGCUUAAAAACCUAUGACAAUACCAUUAUGAUUAUUUUUGAUACUAUUGAUAAAGAAAAGCUGAGAUUUUUAUUUAACGUAAUUAGUACAAUAGCCAAAAACUAACAAAAUACUAUUCUCAUUUUCAUCAGUUUAACAAUUAAUGUUUCAUGUUUUCUUUACAAUGUGAUGAUUAGUCACCGUCAUUUGUUAUAACUUGGAUUACUUGAAUGAAAAAGCUUAGAAAUGAACAAAAACACUUAUAAAAUUCCUAUCUCUCAUGUAAUUUAGGUUUACAUACAUGAGAUUUAUUCAUUGAAUAUUGAGUGUUUGUACACUGAGCACAUUUUAACAGCAAAAUGCUAAUGUGUUAACCCCUCCAGUGCCUUGGUAUGUGUGAGUGUGUCUGUGUGUUUGGGUGUGUCGUGUGUGUGUGUGUGUGUGUGUGUGUGUAGUCAUUAAAGAGUUCAUUACAGUGUAUGUAACACAAGCGUAAUGGGGAAUAUUGUAGGUAUUUAGGUCAGAGAAUGAAGUUCAAAGUCGUUUGAAAACUGCUAACUACUAUAAAAUGUCUUUUGUCUGAUCAAGUAUAACGAUUCAUCUAAGCAGAAGUAUAUUAGAGCAAGGACAUUUAUAAUUUGUUAUAUUACAACCAGUAUUUAUCUAAAAAAAUCUAAUAGUGUAAGUGUAGUGUAUACCCCAACAUUUUUAAAAUGGGAGGAUAAUCAGGUAAUUAUUUCUUGCCCAUAUUUCAGGCAUGUACCAACUUAUACUUUGGAAACCUUCUCUCAUAAAGCUGUGAUUCAGCAAGAAAAGAAAGCAACUAUUUGAAAAUAGAUUUUAAGUCCACAUUAGCCAUGCAAGCAGAGAAAUUUUCCUUUGGGUGUGUUAGAUAGUCGAUCAACAUUUUCCUCAUUUAUGAGGCUGAAGCUUGGUUAUAAUCUUUGUCUAUGUUGAAUGCUAAAUUUAAGAAAAGCUUGAUUUACUACCGACAAAAAUUAAUAAUCCUAACAAUAAUUUAGAAUUACUGCUAGAAAUCAGCAGUGUGGAGAAGCUUUAAUAGCACAAGAAUGAUCUUGUGCUUAACUUUUUAAGGUAAGUGUAAAUGUUCUGAUAUUAAUAACAAACAUUUUGCUACUAUUGAUACUGCUGUGCUCAUUUCUCCUUAAGAAAUUGCUUUAUUCAUAUCUCUAAAAUUGUUCUUUAUUGUUUAUUCUUACUACUGAAUACUUUAAAACCAUAAUGCCACUUAUUUGCACAUUUGAAUUUGCUUUUGAAAAUAAAAUAUUAUAAAUGUUAUAUAUUUUAUACAUAUUAAAAUGCAAUGAAAAUAUCAGAAAUAUAAAAUGUAAAUAUAUUUAUUUCAUUUUUAAUUGUUUUGGUGGAUGUUUGUAAAAUGUAAAUUAAUAUUUGUGACAAAAAUUUGUCACUUCAUUCUUUCAGUUCAUUAAUGUACUACUAAUGAAACCGUACUUUUUUAAUGAAGCAUACUGGAAAAUAAAAACAAAUACUUUUUACUAGAUUUGGGUUUUUAUUUCUUUGGGUUUGAUUUGUAAGUUUUACAUAUGUUUAAAACAUGAUCCCGAGAGACUUGACUUCAAUGAAAGAUUUAAGAUAUGAACCGUCUGUAUGUAAGUGCAGACUAUGUGGUACAUAAUCCGUUCUUGUUGGCUAACAUUUAUGAAAAAUUAUUGACUCCUAAAUAUUCCCAUCUUUGAAGAAAGAUGCUAUUAGUCAAAGUAUUUACCCAACUGAGUUACAACUUCUGAAAGAUAUGGCAUUUGAUGUCACUGGAGUUUAUCAAUUCUAGUGACCUUUCUGUAGAUUAUUUAGUUAAGAUUUUUCUCUAUUGACAUUCAUGCCAUCUACAAGAGAUCCUGUCUAUUUCUUCCUUUUUAUUAAGUUUUAAUUUUGGCUUCCUAUCAUAUUACGCUGGUUGAAACCUUCAAUUUAACACUAAAUUGUUGUUUAGCACUAAUUGUAAAUUUCCAAAAGGCUAAUAAGAAACAACAGGGACAGACCUGAAAAAAAGGAAACACUUUUUGAGUGAGACACAGCUGUUGUGUUAGGCUAACUGUAUAUAAAUUAAUAAGAAACUGUCCAGGAAACAUAGCAAAACUAUUCUCAGUAAAGAAAACCAUUCCACCAAUAACAUGUAGAUUAUUUAACAGUGUUUAGGAGCAUAAUUGAUACUGAUGGAACUGCUAACUUGAUCCAGACUUUUAUAAAGAUGCCUCCGUUAGUUCAUUAUAAUGUGCCACAGAAUAGUGCUUUCUCUUUAAGUACAUCUUGUUUGCAAGGUGUGACUUGCUACCAAAUAGAUUGCAUGGGAAGAUGUGUUAUCAUAGCAGAAAAUAAUCUCCAAUGGUUCAUACCAUGAUAGAGAAUAAUGAAAACAUUGCUGAAAGAUGAGAAUUCUUUUUC